ACCUUCGAUUUCGGCAAUCGGAUUUUCGGAAUUCUGCAAAUUGAACUAGCAAAUGGGCUGGCAAAGUGGGAAUGUCUGCCUCCAAAAAUGGUAACACCACCGGCGCCGGCGCCGGAACCGGCACCGCCACUUUCAGGCGGUCGGAAGCCUCUCAAGAGAUCAUUCAUUGAGAUCAUACUCCUAUCUAUCCUCUGCUUUCUUUCUUACAUUUUCGGUUCUCAAAAUCUCUCUUCUUCCUCUUUCAUUCAAGACCCAUCAUCUUGUUUCCACAUCAAAAACCUCACAAACCUCCAAAUCCCAUCUCAUUUUCAAUCUCUCGAAUUCGAACCUCAUCACUUCUUACCUCUACCAGAAAAUCAGUCCCUAGAACAAACCCAGUUUUUCCCUUACUGCCCUAAUAACUUCACAGAUUACUGCCCUUGUCAAGACCCAUAUAGAGCAAACCAAUUUAUCAACAGUACAAAGAAUUUCUUCCAUAGGGAAAGACACUGCCCAGAUAAAUCCGAGACCUUAAGAUGUUUAAUUCCACCUCCAAAGGGCUACAGAAAGCCUUUUCCAUGGCCUAAAAGCAGAGACUAUGCUUGGUUCAACAAUGUUCCUUUUCCAAGGUUAACUGAGUAUAAGAAGCAGCAAAAUUGGGUUCAAUUGAAAGGAGAUCUUCUUGUUUUCCCCGGUGGAGGAACAUCGUUUGUCCAAGGAGUUAAAGGAUACGUCGAUGAUAUCAAUCGUAUUGUGCCAUUGAAGAAUGGCCUCAUAAGGACUGUUCUUGACAUUGGGUGUGGGGUUGCAAGCUUUGGAGCCCAUCUAAUGGACUACAACAUUCUAACAAUGUCUGUCGCGCCAAGAGACAUACACGAAGCUCAAGUACAGUUUGCGCUUGAACGAGGAGUUCCAGCCAUGCUCGGGAUUCUCAGUGUUCAUAGGCUGCCAUUUCCUUCAAGAUCAUUCGACAUGUCUCAUUGUUCAAGAUGUCUUGUUCCAUGGACAGGCCAUGAUGGACUAUAUUUGCUGGAAAUUGACAGAAUCCUAAGGCCAGGGGGAUACUGGGUAUUAUCAGGUCCACCUAUAAAUUGGAGGGUUUUUUAUAAAGGAUGGAAAAGAAGUAGAGAGGAUCUUGAGAAUGAACAGAAUAGAUUGGAAGAUAUGGCUAGAAGAUUGUGUUGGAGAAAGGUAAAAGAGACAGGAACUAUUGCAGUAUGGCAGAAACCUACUAAUCAUAUCCAAUGUUCUAAAAAAUUGAAGACAUGGAAAUCUCUCGACUUCUGUUCUCAAUCUGAUCCUGAUUCCGCUUGGUACAGGAAGAUGGAACCAUGCAUAACUCCUCUCCAGCAAGUAACAGGCAUAAAAGACUUAUCUGGAGGUGUGCUCGAGAAAUGGCCUAAAAGGUCAAACGUGUUUCCUCACAGAGCUGUGGAAACCGGAAUGACCAAAGAUGCUUUCAACGAGUACAAUCGAGAAUGGAGAAACAGAGUUUCUUAUUAUGGUAUUAUCAUCCAUUCUCUAUUUACAGGCAAAUAUAGAAAUAUCAUGGACAUGAACGCUGGCAUGGGGGGUUUUGCUGCUGCUCUAUCGAAAUACCCAGUUUGGGUUAUGAAUGUGGUUCCUCACGAUACAGGAAACAACACGCUCGGUGCUAUUUAUGAUCGUGGUUUUAUCGGAACCUAUAUGAACUGGUGUGAGCCUUUCUCGACUUACCCAAGAACAUAUGAUUUGAUACACGCAGACAAUAUAUUCUCCAUGUACUUGAAUAAGUGUGACAUUCAGGACAUCCUUUUUGAGAUGUAUAGGAUGCUUCGACCUGAAGGAGCCAUUGUAAUAAGAGAUCACGUCGAUAUGAUUGUAAAGAUACGAAGAAUAAUGGAUAGGAUGAGAUGGGAAAGCAAGCUUUCGCAUAGCCAGCGCGGCCCAUUGCACUCGGAGAAGAUACUCUUUGUAGGAAACUCUUUAUAGUUUUAAUGAUGCCAUUUAGUUGUAUAAGGGUUUCGUCUAAAGAUUUAUCGCCACUUAUUCUUGUAUAUAUGACCAUUAGAUGGGUACCAAAUACUCGAGAAAAAAUAAGAUAUGAUCAAGAAAAAAAAUAAGACAUGCUUUAAAUGUGAUAUGAAGAUUGUGGUAUUGAAAUCAGAGAUAGGAUGUAUGAAGUUAUAGAUUAUGUGAUGAACGAUGAGGAUAUAUCAUUCUUUU